AUAGACCUCGAGUCUCCCCUUUCCUCCGCUUCACCAACCGUCACAAAACCACCAUCUAUCUCGAGUAGCAGUUCUGUAUCAUUUUCAUUAACCCAACCAUCCAAACGAGCGUGUCAGGGAGAUGAAUCACAUCCUCCCCUUGUCGCCUCGCUUGGCGGGACAUGGUCCACCCUCGACUCCGUGUCCCAAGGAGUCCUUCGCUUCUAUCUCGAGUACACCACCGACCGAAUGAUGUCGCAGAAGCCCGGUGCCAACAAUGUGUGGAAGAGCACUGUACUCCAGCUAGCAGAGUCGGAUAGGCUUGUCAUGAACGCGGUCCUCGCCGUGGGCAGUGUUCACUUGGCAGCUGGCGUGACGGACAAUCAGCUUCAAGGGAUCGAGCAGGCGAUGACCAAGUAUGUCCUCCGUUCGAUCACCGGCCUUCAGCUAGCCCUGCAACACUGGGGCGGUAACGGGUCGACGAUGAGUGAUGAUACUCUGCGCCUGAUGCUUGGGACAUGCCUGUUAGCCGAGCACGAGUGCCUCGGCGGAAACUUCGACGGAACCUUGCAGCUACACCUGCGAGCAAGCUACCCCGUCGCUCGCGUCCUCGAAUCCAAACACACAGACAGCCAAAUGGAACUCGUGGCUCACCUCCUCGAACACACAGCUCACUUCCAGUUUCUCUCCAGUCUGCGCUUCCCUCGACCGGGCGACCGGAGCGGCAACGACUCGAUCGAGCUGGUCAAGCUAAUCCACGAGGGCCGAUUCACGCUGCUCAAGAGUUACGAGACAUUUGGGGCGUAUUUCGGGUGCGCUGCCGAUCUCUACGAGAUGAUUCCCGCUCUCCACAAGUUCUAUUCGACGCGGGAACUAGAGAUUUCGACGGGGAGGGAUCUCGGGUGUGCGGCGGAGUUUACGAGGCUAUUGCGUCGCAUCUCGUCGUGGGAGCCGCUUCAGGAGCCGUGUGAGAUGCAUUAUAAGCAUACAGAGACAUGGUUCAACGCUCUAGGCGGUUUCCAGGGACCAGAGGAGAGAGCUGCGCGCGAGGAGGUCGAGACAGCUCGUAAUACGGACAUGUCACCUAUGGUUGCAUCAGCUUAUAUCAUACAAAACUCCCUCUUGCUGUUCCUCUACUCGGCAUACCUACGGCAUAAGGAGGAUCAUGACCGUCUCGUUGUGGCGACGCAGCCAAUCGUUGAGGAGUCGCUCGAUAUGAUCGAUCGGGUGGCAGGGACAACCUGGGAGAACACCACCUGGUGGCCGACGGUUAUUAUUGGGUCGUACACGCAGUCUCCAAAGCAGAGGCAGAGGCUUCUGGCGAACCUGGGAAAGUUUAGUCCCCCGAUGGGGAUUGUGUCCAGAGGGAUAGAGCUACUGAAGGGCAUUUGGGAUGCCCCUGAUGAUGUGUUUGGACUAGAUGGAAUAUCGAAGACUGUUGGAGAGAGCGAGGCAUAUUGCUUUGGUUAG